CUUUAGUCGUCCCCAGCUUGCUUAUUUUUAAUUGCCUUAUCCGCCGUCAAAAUUGAGAACUCAUCAUACAAUUUUCUCAGAUAGGUGUUCGUUAAGUAACAGCUCCGAUGCUGUAGAUUACGACUCAGCUAUUUACCAACUCGACCAAAGUUUUGUAUGAGGUAACUGCUGAUUAAAUAAAUCAGUGAAGCAUGCGAAUCAAUGCUUCCCAUUCGCAAUAUUUUAUUAUAAGAGCACCAUGCUCUUCGAUUGCUACUCAUCCUCUCAUGUCAUAUCUGCUACAAAAUCUCCUGGUGUCUUUAUUGUACUCUCUCUGUUCGUAAAGAAUUCAUCAUCACGUUUCGAAACUUUCCUCAUCGAUAUUCAACACAGCAGAUCAAAGGCGGGAUCAUGGUCCACACCGAAGAAGCCAUCGCCUAUGCUGAAAUCUGUGUUUAUGUUCCAGUCUUUCUACUUACUUUGAUUGUAGUCUUCCGCCAUGGCUUCAAGAAGCAGCUUGGCUGGAUAUAUCUCGCCAUCUUCUGUGUUAUUCGUAUCGCAGGUGCCGGAUUCAAGAUUCAGGAGGCAAAGUCUCCUAACAAAACCAAUACUGAGUGGGCUGGGAUUCUUCAGUCCGUCGGACUGAGUCCCUUGCUGAUGGCAAGUCUGGGUCUUCUAAAACGAGUCACCGAUGAAGUAUCCGACCAUGUUCGAGCACAGAAUAACCAUUUCGCUGGAACCGGCGGGAUCGUAGAACUCGUCACGAAGCGUGCCACAGCCAGCUCUCGUCGAAGCCGUAUCAUCCAGGUUAUGCAGUUACCAACGAUAAUCGCCCUGAUUCUCUGUAUCGCGGGCGGAACCGACCAAGCGGGCUCAAGUCCAUCCGAGGUCAAGACUGGAAAGAAAGACACCAAGAUCGGCAUCAUCAUCUUUUUGUUUGUGUAUCUUCUUCUAAGCUCUCUCGUCGUCAUUACAAUGAAGGACAUCGGGAAAGCCAUGAAAGGAGAGACACGCAUCUAUUUUGCUGUUGUCUGUGCGCUUCCAUGGCUCGCUGUCCGUCUUCUCUGGAGUCUCCUGUCUGCUUUCUCUCACAAUCCGGACUUCUCUUUGACCAGAAAUAAGAAACCGUUGAUUCAGCUGUUCAUGGCAGUUGUAGAAGAAUUUGUCAUUGUCUGCAUGUACACUCUUGCUGGCCUCACAGCUCAGCAGCACUGAAGUCGGAGCGUAUUCUACAGUAGCAGCGAGUAUUACUUGGUGUUAAUAGAUGAGGAACGGUGGAUGGUGGGGGGAAGGGGCUUGACGGUACGAUUAGGGGUUUCGAGCUUGUUGGGCAGUUGGAGUGCUGAAUUAGGAUAUGAUGGCAUGUGAAACUAAACCGCUUCGAUAAGGAGAACUUCCAACCUUCACGAAAGGAGAGUAGGCCAUUUCAUAGUUUGUUUGGAGAACCAGACAAGGAGCGCUGUAGUCAAUAUCCUAACUAGACUAC